ACCUUAACCCAAUUUUCAUCAUUUGAUUUGAUAGGUUUUACUUUGUCAUUGUGAUAUUAAAUUGUUUUAAUUUUAUAUAAUUGUGAUUUUGUUAUUUGUUAAGUAUUAGUUUAAUUAUCAAAAUGGCCGAUCAACAACAAUCACAAUCUCAACAGCAGCAGCAACAACAACAACAACAGUCUAACAAGGAUGUCUUUCAGCAACACAAUCGACAAAGGUUAUUGCGACUUAAAGUUAUCGAAGGUAAAAGCUUGGCGAAAAAAGAUCUUUUCGGAGCCAGUGAUCCUUAUGUGAAAAUUGAUUUAGUUACACUGGAAGAUGAUAAUGUGAUUGAUACAGUUACUACCAAGACUAAAAAGAGGACACUUAAUCCUCAAUGGGACGAGGAGUUUAUAUUUCGUACCAUCCCAGAUGAACAUAAAUUAAUCAUUGAAGUUUUCGAUAUGAACAGAAUAACUCGAGAUGAUUUUCUUGGUAUGGUUGAACUUCCCCUGAAUAACAUUCCCACAGAAAAUGCUGAACGUGUAAUUUCAUCUAAAUUAUACAUCCUUCGUCCGAAAAGUCCCAAAUUCAAGGUUCGAGGACAAUUACGAUUAUAUAUUGCAUUCCUACCAAGUGAAGGUGAAAAUGGUACAUCUUCAGAGACAAGUGAGCCAGGGUGGGAGGUACUCGAAGUUGAAGCAAAUGGCCACGAAGAACAAGCAGUCCAACCAGUUCGCAUUCCAACAGCGUCGAUUGAUAAUCGCCUUUCACCUCUACCCCACGGGUGGGAGGAAAGACAAGAUGCCAAUGGGAGAACCUAUUAUGUUGAUCAUAUUAACAGGAUUACCCAAUGGCAAAGACCAACUGAACAAACAGGACAAACUACAGGAAUUGCUCAUCAAAGAAGCAUUGAUUUAGCUCAUUGGUUUCGCCGGAGAGUUCAUAUUAGUAGUGACCCUGAAGAAAAUCAGAAUAAUCUAGAAGAAAGUCCUCCUCAGAUAUCGGAAUCUCCUCUUAACCAGCCAAGCUCAAUUCUCAAUCGUCAUUCUAAGCAAACCCACCGUCGACUCUCAGAGCCCGUGUCUAAUGAUGAUCAUUCUCGAGAGAGUACUAGUCGUGAUGGUAAUGAAACCGCCCGUUCCUCUAAUCCUACCAUAGACAAUAACGAUGUGGCUCCAUCAUUACCUUUAUCAACACCUUCAAGAACAGAUUAUCAAUCUUCAUCAUCGUCCUCAUCAAUCCCAACACCACCAAUAGCCAAUGUGUCCACCACUUCAAUAACAGCAACUUUAACUCCAGAUACUGGAGGAGGAGGAGCGACUUCAUCAGCUACACCAAUUUAUAGCAAUGAUAAUAACAGUGAUAAUAUGAUAAAUAAUAAUAAUUCCAAUGCAACUGCCUCAACAUCAAAUGAUGAUUUACCUGAAGGUUGGUCUAUGCAACUUGCUCCUAAUGGUCGUACAUUUUACAUCGAUCAUAACACCAAAACAACAACCUGGAUUAAUCCUCGAAACGGAAAACCAUCCCCUCAACCUCGACCUCAAGUAUCCGCAUCUCCCUCAAUGGGAACAUCAAUUGAUGAUGUUGGUUCACUGCCAGACGGUUGGGAAGAGCGAGUCCACUCUGAUGGUCGAAUAUUUUUCAUCGAUCACAAUACCAAAACAACCCAAUGGGAAGAUCCUCGACUUAAUAAUCCCGCAAUCGCUGGACCCGCAGUUAGAUAUUCUCGUGAAUAUAAGCGAAAGUAUGAAUACUUUCAAUCUAAAUUACCGCGACCCUCUAACGUUCCAAAUAAAUUGGAAAUUAAAGUGAGCCGAGCCAACAUAUUCGAAUGCUCUUAUAAUUUUAUCUCCAACAUCUCUAAUGCCGAUUUACUUCGAACUAAAUUAUGGAUCGAGUUUGACAAUGAACAAGUUCUCGAUUAUGGAGGAGCUUCUCGUGAAUGGUUUUACCUUUUAUCCAAAGAAAUGUUUAAUCCUUAUUAUGGACUUUUUGAAUAUUCAGCGGCCGACAAUUAUACUCUUCAAAUUAACCCUAAUUCGGGAAUGUGCUCCGAAGAUCAUCUCUCUUAUUUUAAAUUUAUCGGUCGAAUCGCGGGAAUGGCCGUUUAUCAUGGUAAAUUGUUAGACGCCUUCUUUAUCCGACCUUUCUACAAAAUGAUGUUAUCUAAACCAAUUAGUAUAAAAGAUAUGGAAAGUGUUGAUUUAGAGUAUUACAAUUCAUUAAAAUGGAUUAUGGAAAAUGACCCCGCUGAUCUUGAUCUCAGAUUUGUCGUAGAUGAAGAUCUAUUUGGUCAAAUGCAAGUCCACGAGCUUAAACCUGACGGAAGUAACGUUUCCGUUACCGUCGAUAACAGAGCUGAAUAUGUUGACCUUGUAAUUCAAUGGAGAUUCGUUUCACGAGUUGGACCUCAAAUGAAUUCAUUCUUGAAAGGAUUCGAUGAAAUUGUUAGCCUUAAUUUGAUUAAAAUAUUCGAUGAGAAUGAAUUAGAAUUACUUUUAUGUGGAAUUGGUGAAAUAGAUGUUAACGAUUGGAGGAAACACACUGUUUACAAAGGAGGUUUUCAUGCAACACAUAUUGUUAUACAAUAUUUCUGGAGGGUUGUACUUUCCUUUUCAAGUGAGAUGCGUUCACGUUUACUUCAAUUCGUAACUGGAACUUCAAGAGUACCAAUGAAUGGAUUCAAAGAGCUUUAUGGUAGCAAUGGUCCUCAACCUUUUACUAUUGAAAAAUGGGGAACACCAGCUAAUUUACCUCGUUCUCAUACAUGCUUCAAUCGAAUUGAUUUACCACCAUAUGAAAGUUAUCAGGAACUAAAAGAUAGAAUGAUAAAAGCAAUUGAAGGAUCUGGAUCUUAUGGUGGUGUUGACUAAUUAAAUAUACAACUUAUUUCAUCUCUAGAAACAUAAUGUUGAUUAUAAUUAGAGUAUUGAUACAAUCGGAAUCAUUAUCAUGGUGAUAAAAAUUAACGAUGAUAACAAAAAGGAUUAUUCAUUGAUUCCUAUUCAUUGUUAUACUUUUCAUAUCUUUCAAUGUCAACCCAAUCAAUUAUGUUGGAGCAAAACAAUAUAACAGUAUAUAUAUCAAUCUUGAUUAUUACUAAUUAUUGUGCAAUUUAAUUAACAAAGCAAAUAAUCACCAAAAUGGAAUUUAAUUUGAAUGCAAAAAGAAAACAAUGGAAACAAAAAAAAAGAGGAAGGAAAAAAGGACAAGAGAAUAACAAUUACCAUAAAUUCACACCCUUCUUGAUGAAAGCAUCAUAAUUAUCGUCAUCAUUAUUGUCAUCAUCUCCACCAACAAUUAAUCAAAUUGCAAAAUCUACUACGAGAACACACAAAAUGUCCACAAUUACAUUUUAAAGACUUCUAUUAAUCGAUUGUACUUAAAAUGAGAAGAAACAAUUGUUGCCUUUUUUUUCUUACUUGGAACUUGGUUCUCAUCCUUUUACACAGACUGUGAUUUCGUUUUUUACCCUGUUCCUGAUUUUCCACCAUCAAUUCCUCUCACCAAUCAACUAAUUGUUAACUUUGUUUUUUUUUCUUUCUCCCUCUCUUCUUAAUUCAAUUUCAAUUCGAUUUCAGUCUUGCUCAAAUCAGAAAACAUCACAACUUUUUUUCUCCUCUAUGUUAAUCACAAUCACUAAAUGCAAAGAGACCUGAACACAUUAAUUCAAUUCUAAACAAUUAUCUGAUUGCUAUUGUUUUUGCUAAAUACACUUCUCAAUCAUAGAGAAACAAAAAGAGUAAGAAAUGAUUAGGAAUAAUAAUUGAUCAAUUGCAACGUGAAGAAAAUUAAAAAAAUGUAAACCUAAAUCACUUACCCUGGUUUUGGGUUUAAUCUUAUUUUAUGUACAAAUCAAUUAAUGUAAAAAGAUUAUUUCCCUAAUUGGUUUAAUUAAAUUGAGUGUUUAUAUCACAGUAAA